UUACAUGACUAUGGCAUUUGGUUUAUUUAUAUCUUGAAGUCAUCAUGGCUGAAAGUAGGCAUAUAUACGAUUUUGGCUCAUUGAUUCAAGACAGUAAAACCAGCGAGAUUUCUUCUGUAAGAAAGGAUUAUGAAGCAAAAGUCUCUGCUGCCAUUCCGACUAAAACAGACCUGUUUCGAAAAGGAAAGCUGGCGAGAGAUCUUAACGCAGAGUUGAUUAUCCCUAACCAUAUGGGAGAUAAUUGGCGGGCUUUAAAAACUAGAGGUGAUGGUAACUGCGUGAAAAUUUCUUUGCUAUAUCUACGUAUCUUUUUCUGCUCUUGGAGGAGUGAUAUUAUCAAUGAAAGAAGAGAAUAACAUUUAUCAUUACUUGUUGCCUUCCUUUGGUACGAUGAUUACAUCGUGAACAUUUCUUUGCUAUGUCUACGUAUUGUUUCCUGCUGUUGGACGAGUGGUAUCAAGUGUGAUUAAUGGUCAAAAACUUGUGCUUCAUUUGUGAGAUAUAAAAGGUUUCUUUGCGUUUCACGACAAAAAAUGUGCCAAGCUUCUACCUUUUUAAAAUCACUCGUGGAUUGGAAUGAUACCUUCCUGAUUGUAAGUUUUGGCGAAGGUAUGAAACUUGAUAAAUCAAAUAGUAGUAAUGAAAAUGUUUAAAGGUUAAUGGAAUUUUAGAUUUUAUAUCAUGGAAAUUUGCGAAAAGUUUACAAACUAAGUAAAGCCAAGUUUUUUUUAAAUUCUGUUGUCAAAACGCAGGAAAUCGCAUUUCCGACGAUCUAAAACAUAAAAUUUUCCGGGGGGCAUCCUCCCAGACCCCCCUACAGAGCUAGCGCCUUUGGCGCUCGCAGUGGUGCAUCAGUCACGAAAAUUGCUGGAUCCGCCCCUGUCUGGAAGUUAGCUACAAUCAUACAAUAUAAGAAUUUUCCCAACACAAUAUGGCAUUGGCAUUAAAUACAAUUGCACAAGUUUGCAAUUUCUCAAUGAA